GUAUCUUUGUGUGCGUGCAAAGUCGCUUCCUGCUUGCGGCGACCCAGCCAGGGCGCCGUGACACUUCCAACUUCGCCCGCUGCUCACUCAGCCCACACCGCAGCAGCAGUAGCAGCAGCAUCAGCAGCAGGAGCAUCAUCCCAGCGGUAGAACAACACCAACAACACAUCACCUACAAAGCUUCUACUAACACAGGCCAUGUCCGCCACGGCGAAGCCCUCCUUCUACCGCCAGGAGCUCAACAAGACGGUCUGGGAGGUGCCCGAACGAUACAGCGGACUCACGCCCGUGGGCUCGGGCGCCUACGGCUCCGUGUGCUCGGCCUUGGACAGGCACCGCGCCAUGAAGGUUGCGGUGAAGAAGCUGUCGCGCCCGUUCCAGUCGCUGAUCCACGCCAAGCGGGCGUACCGUGAGCUGCGGCUUCUCAAGCACAUGAACCACGAGAAUGUAAUUGGGCUGCUGGAUGUCUUCACACCUGACAAGUCUCUGGGUGUAUUCAACGACAUGUACCUGGUGACGCACCUGAUGGGCGCCGACCUGAACAACAUCGUCAAGUGCCAGAAGCUGACCGACGACCACGUGCAGUUCCUCGUCUACCAGACCCUUCGCGGCCUGAAGUACAUACACUCGGCCGGAAUCAUUCACAGGGAUCUGAAGCCCAGCAACCUGGCCGUGAAUGAAGACUGUGAGCUCAAGAUCCUGGACUUUGGGUUGGCGCGGUUGACGGACGAGGAGAUGACUGGCUACGUGGCCACCCGCUGGUACCGCGCGCCCGAAAUCAUGCUCAACUGGAUGCACUACAACCAGACCGUGGACAUCUGGUCUGUGGGCUGCAUCAUGGCUGAACUCCUGACCGGACGGGCACUUUUCCCUGGGACUGACUACAUCGACCAGCUGAAGCUGAUUAUGCAAUUGGUGGGGACACCUGGCCCUGAGCUCAUGCAAAAGAUUUCCUCGGACUCGGCCAGGAAUUACAUCCAGUCGCUGCCCGUGAUGAAGAAACGUGACUUCCGGGACGUGUUUCUCGGGGCGAAUCCCAACGCGGUGGAGUUGCUGGAGCGCAUGCUGGUGCUGGACACAGAGCGGCGCGUGACGGCCAGCCAGGCGCUGGCGCACCCGUACCUGGCGCAAUACCACGACCCCGAGGACGAGCCCGAGGCGUCUCCCUUCGACGAGUCGCACGAGAACCGACUGCUCAGCAUCGACGAGAUCAAACAGCUGGCCUUUGAAGAGAUCGUGAAUUACGUUCCGCCAGAGACGGACGACAUGGAUAUGUAAGUGAGCUGGCGCCUUCGAGAGCGGCGAGUUGGAGGAGGAGGAGGAGGAGGUGGUGUUGGUGGUGGUGGGGGCAGGGUGGCAUCCUCGCAGUCUCGUCACCGCCGUCGGCCCCUUCCUAGAGGCGCGUCCAAAAAUUCUCGGACUGGAGUUUGUGCGUCGUCGGCGAUAUCCGUGACGUCACUCAAUUCUAAUUGGAGGGCCGAUGCCAAGACCCCAGUUGUUAUCGGUCAGGGAGCGCAGGUGGGCAUUCUUCAUCUUCCUCCUCCUUGUGCGAGUAACGAAGCAAUAAAGGCAACAACGGAACCAGGGACCCCGAUGGCCAAGAUGACGCGCAAGGCUUCAACAUCGCAAGCCACGCCUGGCGCGUGCUAUUUAUUUGAGUCGAUUCACGGCGAGGAGGUUAUCUUCCGUGGCUCUAACCUCCCAGGGCGCGCUUGGGAGGUGUGUGCGAGUGUGCCCCAUGUUGAAAAUGUACCCUGCGCGGCUGAACGGGUGCGAGGGAUUACAAAUGGUGGAAGCACGUUAAUUUCACCGCCGUUGCAAAGCCGCUUAGAACGCUUGAUUUGAGGAAAGUGGGCCGAAGAUAAUUCCUGGAGAAAACGCCGACCACCCCCUCCCCCCCGCCCCCCCCCCCCCCCCCCACCCCCCCACUUCAUUAGAAACAUCUCAAGAACCCUUUUACACCACCCAGGGUCAGUUAUAGCUCAGAACUGGAGAAAUCUGCUGAGAAGACUUUCGGUCAGCGGGGCUACAAAAGUCACCCGAUUCGAAAAGCAAUACAAAAAAAAGCCAUAAACCAACCAACCACGGGGAUGGGCAGUGGUGCCAUCAUACGUUGGCUGCUGCUCUUUUUAAGUGCCUUACAUGCUUGCCAGGUCCCCUGCACGGCCCCCCGCAGCCGGCAUUAGCGGAUGAGCCGUAGCGGUAGGAGCGGGCCUGCUCUUAUUCCGCCCACCGUGGCACCAUUCCUGUGUAAAGAACCAGCCCUGUGCCGCGAUUAAAGGGAGGUUUAUUUUUUAUUUGUUAUUUUUAAAUUACAGUAUAUUCACAAUAAAAAAUGGUAUAUUUAUCCUCACGGGCUGCUGAUGUAAUACAUAAAGCAACGUAUUUGCAGCUAGUCCCAUCGUGUGGGCGACACUAAUGUGUUUUAUGCCGAUUCAGGCACAUGGGCAGUAAGCCAGUAAUGCAAUGAAUGUCCGGAGCUGUGUCAUAAGCGUGGAGACCACAGCAAGCUGUUCCAACGGGAUACGUAAUACGUCGUGCCUGUAACAAUGACUUGGGAAAUGUUCGUGAACGCACUUAAGAGACCCGGGUGACCUUCGGCUGGUGUGAGGCCCCCGAAUACCGAAGGUGGCGAUUGACAUUUUAUCGUGCACGUUGCACAGCCCACACAGGUCACUCUCCCAACUGAGGGGGGAGGAGGAACACGCUUGGUGGUAAUGACGACAGUAUUACUACCGUGUCGGUUUUCCAGGCAGUUCUCUGUUACUCACCUGCAAUGUAUUUUUUUCUUCCGAGUUGUACCGCGCGGUGGCUUGACGUAUCGAUCGCUCACUCGCCCGCUCGCUCGGACGCCGCAUUUGGGAAAUUUCACUCGCUGGACAGCAUUUUUUUUUAAGGGUAAGGGGGGGGGGGGGCAGCACUAAACACGCGAAGCGAAACGUCCAAACACCGUGCCGAACAACACCGGCGGGCCAAAUCCGGGGAGCCUUUGACAGUGUUGCCACUGCGUUCGACGCGUAUGUCACAUAUGCAUCGUAGGCGCGCGGGGCGGUACCGGCUGGAGGCGAUUGUGGGUGCCAGGUUUCUUGAAGACGUCCUCUGCUACGCCCGAGCAUGUUGUAAAUCUCCCCAAUCGGGGCACUGAGCACCGGAAAUUAAAAGCGGGAACAAGACCUAAAAAGACCUCGGUGUUCAACAUGCGGAGAAGGGGCAAAUGUGUGGGGGAUAAAACACACCAGCCACGAGCCUUACUAAAAGCCCUAACUAGUUCAACCCCAACCAAUCCGCUAAUUGUGCUAGCCGUUACCCUAAUCAACGAACCAACCGGUCAUUAGUACUUCGCCCUAUGCAACUCAAACCAAGGAGCAACUAUCAACGUGCACCAACUUCCCCCAAACUAACGAGACCCGCACCUCCGAUUAGCACGGUUUGGCUACGUACGUACGGUGCGAAAUAAGUUCAACGCACGUACAUAAGGCAACCGGCCGCUUGUACGAGCCCGAAGUCUCGCCAACUAACUAACCAACCACUAGUAUGACCUCUCCCCGUGACUCCCUCUCAAAGUGUCAUCUCCACCUCCAGUGCUUUACAACGCUAGGCCCCCCAUUUUCACCGCUUUUCACUUCUGGUGUUGGUCGGUGCCUCACAGAAGGGCGAGGGGGUGUGGGGGGGGGCAUAGGCAUCGCGUCAAGUUGUGUUAUGGUUCUCUCAAAGAGUUUUAAGAGUAUUGUACAUAAUGAUAUUUUGUCUUAAUUACCGUUCAUGUGUACCAUUCUUACGUAAGCCGCUCAUGAUUGCCCUAUUUGUGUUCGUCUGUCCGUGUCGUCGGCGUUUUCAUCUUUUUCCAAUUGUGUAAAUACGGUCGGCAGCGGACGCUCCUCAUCAGUCUAUUAUCAUUAAUAACAGAACUCUGUAAUUGUGUAGUUUGCGGGGCCGCUGCCGAUUUUAGGCCUAAAAUUAUAAAAAAAAUCCUAUCGUUGCUUAAUAAAAACAAAAAAAUAUCUCAAGGGAAAUGAC